AUGUAUAUCAAGUGCUUUUUCGCUCUCAACGGUAACUUGACGAGCCGGGUCAUCUACAGUCCUGUUAGCCAGAGCAACGUGACUGGUGGCGGUGGCCUUUUGAAAGAUGCCCGAGCCCGGUACAAGCAGGCUCUCCGUCACAUGUGGGGUGCUCUCGACACAGGUUUCGCUCUUUGUAAGCUUGUUCAGCUAUGGAAAGAUCGAAAGCAAACCUGUCGAGCCUACCAGCCCCUUCAUUACACACUUUCAGAUACCAACGAUGUCGCCAUUCCCGAGACUUACAUGGAUGAUGAGCAAAGUGGUCAUCAUUAUGCUGAUAAUGGCAUAUUUUCUAGUAUCCAAAAGGAUACCGUUGAACAACCUCACUGGGAGCGCAUCUUCUACAUGAUGCAUCGCCUUUUCGAAGCCCAUUUUCUCCCAGUCCACAUGGCCAUUCUUGUUGUCACAUCCGCACUAUACGUCAAACUCACAGAGAACAACGACGACCCACGGAACCUGGCUUGGAUUUUUAGCUGGUGCAACAUUAUCCGCAUUUACGGUUUCUUUCAGAUUGCAGUAUACGUGUCUCUAUACGAAAGCUACCACCAGGCAGGGGUGUCGGGUCGCGAGAGGGAAAUGGUCAAAGCAGGUCUGGCUGACGGGAUGGGCUUUUCCAGGCGAUCUCUCAAGAAGAACUGGCAUGACUACCUUGCCAUUCCUAUCGUCGCUCCGUUGUAUGGUACCAUCCCUAGUGCCCAGGCUCUGAUCUGCCAGCUCUGGGGUCAGGACUUGGUUUAUACUGUGAGCAAGAAGGCUACUAGACGACAGAUACCUACCGUGAAAGUGGACGAUAUGGCUCCAUAA